AUGGCACAAAUGACCAUUUCUGUGAUACAUAUUAUGGCUGGAUCCACUGACAUGGCACGCGGAGCAGCCGUAUAUAAUGACGGAGCAAGUGAAGGGGGCAGGCGGAUUGGUGAUGGUGGUGUUGGUAAAACAACAUUUGUUAAACGACAUUUAACAGGUGAACUUGAAAAGAAAUAUGAAGCUACUAUUGGUGUCAAUGUACAUCCUUUAAAUUUUCAUACAAGUUUUGAUGAAAUCAUUUUUAAUGUUUGGGAUACAGGAGGUCAAGAAAAUUUUGACGGUAAGCUAUUGAAAUAA